GCUUCCUCUACUUUCCAGAAAACAUGAAUUAGGGAAUCCUGACAGGGAAAUAAUUUGACGUUGUCCUGCACAUACUGGGCACAAUAGGAGUUGGGUGGAUGAAUGAAAGCAGGGAUUUGGGAAGCAGGGGAGAAGUCCUUUGGAGGGCUGUGACAAGGGUUUACGCUUGGAUAGGGUGGGCUUGAUCACCCGGCAGAAAUGAGACGAGUGAUCACAACCUCCCCGACCAAUCUUUCCAAUGACUUGCGUUUACGCUUCACCACAGAGAAGGAACUUUUCAGACGCUCCCUUGGCCGCGCACCCGGGAUCGGAACAGCGCUGUCACUAGCGACAAAAUCCCUGGGCCUUAGGAAGAAGGGCGCAGGCCCGGGCGAGGCGGCGGCAGUCAGAGGCCGGGCCGGAGGGGUGGGGACGGCGAGGAAGCGGAGGCCGGCGUUCCGCUCCGCUCCAGCUCGGUUUCAUGUCCCGCCAGGCGAAGGAUGACUUCCUGCGGCACUACACAGUGUCGGACCCCAGGACGCACCCCAAGGGCUACACCGAGUACAAAGUAACCGCGCAGUUCAUCUCAAAGAAGGACCCAGAGGAUGUCAAAGAGGUGGUGGUCUGGAAGCGGUACAGCGACUUCCGCAAGCUGCAUGGAGACCUGGCCUAUACCCACCGCAACCUCUUCCGCCGCCUUGAGGAGUUCCCUGCGUUCCCCCGGGCCCAGGUGUUUGGCCGAUUUGAAGCCUCAGUGAUCGAGGAGCGGCGAAAGGGGGCAGAGGACCUGCUUCGCUUCACCGUGCACAUACCUGCGCUCAACAACAGCCCCCAGCUCAAGGAGUUCUUCAGGGGUGGGGAGGUGACCCGACCCUCGGAGAUGUCCAGGGACCUGCACAUCCUGCCACCCCCUCUGACCCCCACCCCGCCCCCUGAUGACCCCCGGCUACCCCAGCCGCUCCCUGCAGAAAGGAGGGGCCUUGAGGAAUUGGAGGUGCCAGUGGAUCCCCCACCAUCCAGCCCUGCCCAGGAGGCCCUGGAUCUCCUCUUUAACUGUGAGAGCACCGAGGAGGCGUCCGGUUCCCCUGCCCGAGGCCCCCUCACCGAGGCUGAGCUGGCCCUCUUCGACCCCUUCUCCAAGGAAGAAGGCGCAGCCCCCAGUCCCACCCAUGUGGCUGAGCUGGCAACGAUGGAGGUGGAGUCGGCAAGGCUGGACCAGGAACCCUGGGAGCCAGGAGGGCAGGAGGAGGAAGAGGACGGGGAAGGAGGGCCUACCCCUGCCUAUCUAAGCCAGGCCACAGAGCUCAUCACCCAGGCCCUGCGGGAUGAGAAGGCAGGCGCUUAUGCUGCGGCGCUCCAGGGCUACCGAGAUGGUGUACAUGUCUUGCUUCAGGGAGUCCCCGGUGACCCGUUGCCUGCCCGCCAGGAAGGUGUGAAGAAGAAGGCAGCUGAGUACCUGAAGCGGGCAGAGGAGAUCCUGCGCCUGCACCUGUCUCAACUCCCACCCUAACAGGGAGUGGGCCCUUCCCUGGGACUCUCGCUCCUGCACUGCCAGCCCCUUCUCCUCUCCCCAGGGCCUAGCCCCACCUCCUGGUCUUGUAAUCGCAGGGGCCAUUUCUAUAGGUAACUGGACCAAGCAUGAGAAAAAUAAUGAAUUCUCAGCUCCCUGAUUACACUUGCCACCUUGGAAUCAAGGACUCACACUUCUGACCCUGCCUGUCUUUUUGGGUUUUUUUUGAGAUGGAGUCUUGCUCAGUCACCCAGGCUGGAGUGCAGUGAUAUGAUCGCAGCUCACUGCAACCUCCGCCUCCCAGGUUCAAAUGAUUCUCCUGUCUCAGCCUCCCCAGUAGCUGGGAUUACAGGCACACGCCACCAUAUCCAGCUAAUAUUUUGUAUUUUUAGCAGGGACGGGGUUACAUCAUGUUGGCCAGGCUGGUCUCGAACUCCUGACCUCAAGUGAUCCACCCGCCUCAGCCUCCCAAAGUGCUGAGAUUACAGGCAUGAGUCACUAUGCCCGGCCCCUGCCUGUCUGUCUUGAUGUGUGAGCAGCAGCUGUGGUCAUUAAACCAUUAGUUUACCCCUCUAGAAGUGGGGUCUGCAAACUCCCCUCUGCAGCCAAAUCUGGCCCACCCCCUUUUUAAUGUAAGGCCUGUGAGCUACAGUGGUUUUUACAUUUUUUUAAUGAUUAAAAAAAUCAAAAUAAUAUUCUGUGACAGAAUGACAGAUGAAAUUUAUAUGUAACAGGUGAAAAUUAUAUGAAAUUUAAGAGUCUAUAAAUAAAAUUUGUUGGAACACAA